GCCCCUGAGUGGCGGCUGGCUCUCUCAGAUCGCUCUCGCUUGACUACCAUUCCUGGAUGCAUUGUUGAAGUGAAAGGAAAGCGGACAGCCUGAUCCUGCUUGUGGGAUGCUGCACGAGAGGUAGGACCAGCGUUUCUUACUGCUGCGUCUCUGUGAUGGAAGAAAAACAGUGGAAGAGCGGCCGGGUUUUUGUGUGAAGUACAACACAGCAUAACAACUGGCCAGAAGACACAGAUUAAACUCUGGUGGGUGUGACCACAACAGGAACGGAGGGCGUCCAUCCCUGAUAUACCAGGGAGAGGAAGAAGAAAACGGUCCAUUUCUACCACUUCAAAGGACACUGCGGGGUGCAUUUGUGGCGUGAAAGGACAGGUGAGGGUUGAACUACAUCGACAACGCUGGGCUGUGGACUGAAGUGUGGAAAAGCAGGGGGGAGAGGAAGACGACGAAGAGGUGGGAUAAGAAGAGUAGCGGGUUAGGCGUGGAGCCCAAACACAAGCAGGAUGGGAGAGAAGAAAGUUAGUCUCCCUGCUAAGCUGAUUAAUGGGGGCGUGGCAGGCCUGGUUGGUGUGACAUGUGUAUUUCCUAUAGAUCUGGCCAAGACCCGCCUACAGAACCAGCAGGGUAUCCAAGUCUACAAAGGAAUGCUUGACUGUUUGGCCAAGACGGUGCGCUCAGAAGGCUAUUUUGGAUGCUACAGAGGUGCAGCGGUAAACCUCACUCUAGUUACACCUGAAAAAGCCAUCAAACUGGCUGCCAAUGAUGUCUUCAGACAGAAGCUCUCUAAGGAUGGGAAGUUGCCGCUAUGGGGGGAGGUACUGGCAGGGUGUGGGGCUGGAACCUGCCAGGUGGUGGUAACCACACCCAUGGAGAUGCUAAAGAUCCAGUUACAAGAUGCAGGAAGGCUCGCUGCACAAAGGCCAAUGGCAGCUCCAACACAGGCUGCUGCUCCUGGGCCAGCCCCAUCGCUGGUGGCCCCCUCUUCACAAGCCCAAUCAACCCCACCACCACGACCCUCAGCCACAGGCAUCACCAUGGAGCUGCUGAAGACUCGUGGCCUAGCUGGUCUCUACAGAGGGGUAGGAGCCACCUUAAUGAGGGAUGUCCCCUUCUCUAUGAUCUACUUCCCCCUGUUUGCCAACCUUAAUGCCCUGGGCCGGGAAAGUGCAGGUGGGCAGGCUGAUGUGCAGGCCCGGGCGCCGUUCUGGCAGUCCUUUGUGGCAGGCUGCUCCGCUGGCUCAGUGGCAGCUGUGGCAGUUACACCGCUGGAUGUAAUAAAGACCCGUCUGCAGACCUUGCAGAAAGGUGCCGGGGAGGAUACAUACAGAGGAAUUCUUGACUGCACAACGCGCAUCAUGAGGCGAGAGGGUCCAUCAGCAUUCCUGAAGGGUGCGACCUGUCGUGCUUUGGUCAUUGCUCCUCUUUUUGGCAUUGCCCAGGGUGUCUACUUUCUUGGGGUAGGGGAGACAGUACUAGGGUUGUUGGGAUAGCAAUGCUAAGUACCAGUGGCAGCAGUCAUGUUGUUUCUGUGCAGAUAAUAUGCUGCUUUUGUUACUCAGUGAGCAGAGAAAACAGAGACACAGAAGAAAUACAGCCACAAUCCACUAACCAAAGGAAGAGCAAUGGUCAGAAUAUGCAUGAAAGAAGCUUCAUUUACUAAUAUGUGGACUACCGGGUUCACACUAAUGUUUCUCUACGUUUUCACUUGCCGUAAGCAGGAUUCUGUAGGUUAAGCAAGGUCCUUUGUAUGUGUAUGAUUAAUGUGAGGAUUGUGUCCCAAGCUGGCCUGGUUAUCCCAGGGUAGUCCCUGCCAAUAUGCCUGGGCUUAGUCCUUUCACCUGAGAGAGAUCUGUUCUUUUCUGGGACAAUUGGUGCAUGUUGUUUGAGCCUGCUAACUCAAAUGCCAGCCAAUCCAACAGUUUCUUUGGCCUGUGCAUCAACUUUUUAAGAAUGUCUCCUUUCAAGCUUCAUCUAAAAACCCUUUACAGACAUGGAAUAUACAACAUCGCUGGCCUCACUCUUUUUUUUAAAGAGAGUGCAUUACCAUAUGGUUUUAUAGUCAUGUUUCUCAUGGGUUCACAUACUCACAGAGAUGGCAGAGAAAUCCUGUAGUACAUCCCAGUACGUACAAAUGGAUGAAGGGGAAAUGAGUACAUAAUUUAUGUAUUAUCUUAAAGGAAGUCUAAUUAUACUUUUGAAUAUUCUCACCAUUUUUUUUGACAUGAAGCAGGGCCCCUUGCACACACACUUGGCGACAGAGAUUUUUCAUUGAUUGGAGAAAAUUUAAACAAAAUAAAUCAAUUAAAAAAAACAUUUUAAAGAGCAUUGUCCAGUGAACUAAGGAACUCACAAACUCUUAAUGUGGCAGCAUGUAUUUGCAGUUGCAGUUUUAUUGAAAUUAAUAUAAAAAUGCAAUAAAUCCCACGACUUUUCAGGAAUAACCCACUAGGAUGCUUAUUCAGGCAUCAUGUGGUCAGACUGAUGAAAAGCAGUACCUGUCUUAACAGGGUCUUAAUGAUAUAUGAUGUCAGAGUCUAAACUGCCAAUAACUCAGACAUCAAUGUUUUUCUCUUAAAACGGGGCUCCAUAUCCUUCUUCCUACUGUUAAGUAUCCCUUGUACUCGAGUAAUCUUGGACUCUUUCACUGGACUUAAAGGUGCUGCCUGCUAGUGUCUCUGAGGUCAUUACUUAAUCUGAUGGUAAUGCUUUAAUCGCCACAUUAGCAUACAAUAUACACUAACAGACUGCUCACUUCCUGCUCGAGAGCAACCGCAAAACCACGAUCCCACAGACUUAACGUCCUCUUCUCCGCAGCUUGCAACGGUUUAAAUAAAACCUUGCUGUCGCCUUGGAUUCCUUUUACUGCUUAGUUACAGUUAUACAUAAGACGCUUCAGUGUACGCACAAUAACUAAAGAAAAUGCAAUCAAGGCCUUAUGACAGCUGGUAGUUUCGAAAGCAUAAAAACUUUAAGUCUUAAGUAAAUAAGUCGAACUGGUUGUGUUGAAAUAUUGUUUUGGUACUCGAGUCCAAUUUUAGCAAAAGACAGCUGUAAUCGUUAGACCCAUGGAGGGAGUAUGGCAACUUGUCUGGCCAACAGUUUGCCAUUACUGAAUCCCACUGGAUGCCACUAAAAGGUUUUGUUUUUUACAUUUUUAAUGCAAGACACAUUUUGAUGUGGAUACUCUAUAUAGGUUCCUACAUUUUCCUCAUUGUAGAGUGAACAUAGCCUGAGUAAAGUGUAUGUUUACAAGCUGUAAAUAAAGAUAUCUCAUACAU